AUGGACCUAAAGAGGUUGGGUGUAGAGUUAGUGGAUGGGGAUUCACAGGCAAUCAUGGCCAGUUUGAUCAUUCAGCCAACCUUACAGAAGAAAAUUAAAGUUGCUGAGAUGAAAGACACAGAGCAAAUGGAAAUUGUGAAGAAAGUACGGAGUGAGCAGCAACUAGACUUCAAUGUUUCAAAGGAUGGAGUUCUUAGAUUUCAAGCUAGAUUAUGUGUACCUAACAACGCGGGGAUUAAAAAGACAAUUCUAGAGGAGGCUCAUCGCUCUCUCUGUACUGUUCAUCUUGGAAAUACGAAGAUGUGGAAGUGGGAGCAUAUCUCGAUGGACUUUGUAUCAGGCUUGCCUUCGGCGGUGAAUAAGCAGAAUGCUAUCUGGAGCCCUAAAUCUGGGCUUACGAGUUGGGCCGUCCACUGCCUGUCAACAUGGGUUAAUGCAAGUUGCAUUUGUAAGGGCCCAGGUCCUUCUAUUGCGAAUGUGGGCUUAGUAGUUGGGCCGUCCACUGAAUGCCUUGGAUAG